ACAAAUUAUAUAUAUUUCUUAAAUAUGUCUUCCAUAAUCUGGGGAAAUCGUAGUGUAUUGUUUUUGAGAAAUUACUUGCCGCUUUCGUUCAAAGUGUGUCGUAAACCCGUGAAUGCAACGCAAGCUCGUGGCUUGCACCUGACGCCAUGCAUGGAUAAGAUUUUGUCAUUUAAACUUAGUGACAUUGGUGAGGGCAUUAGGGAAGUAACUGUGAAGGAAUGGUUUGUCAAGGUCGGCGAUACCGUUGAGCAGUUCGACGACCUUUGCGAAGUGCAAUCAGAUAAAGCAUCCGUUACAAUCACAAGCCGUUAUGAUGGUAAAAUCGUAAAAAUCCAUCAUCCAGCAGAUGAUAUAGCAUUUGUCGGCAAACCUUUGCUGGAUUUUGAUGUCGAAGAUGAUGAUGCGGAUGACUCUGAUUCGGAAUCUAGUUCAGACUCAGAAGCGCAAGUCGGCUCAGGCAACGCAGCGUCUGUGCCACCCACCAAUGAGGGAAAAGUAGCAAGCGAAGAAGACGUAGCGCGACAUAUAACGCUUGCGACGCCCGCUGUACGUCGCUUAGCAAUGGAAAAUAAGAUUGACCUCUCCAAAGUGCCAGCUACAGGAAAACUGGGGCGUGUCCUUAAGGGAGAUAUACUUGAAUAUCUAGGACAAGUGCCAGUCGGAACUAAUAUACCGCAUCCAACAAUUGCCGCGAAGGCGGAAAAAGCAGUACAAACGGCAACAGGUGCUGUCGUUACUCCGCUUGUUGAUGGCGUUGAGCCGUUGAAGGGCGUACCCAAGGCUAUGUUAAAAUCUAUGUCCGAGAGUCUGAAAAUUCCACAUUUUGCCUACAGCGAUGAAAUAGAUAUGACCAAGCUUAUGGAUUUUCGUAAUCAAUUGAAAUCAGUGGCCAGCGACCGUGGCAUAAAUAAACUGACUUUCAUGCCCUUCUGCAUCAAGGCUGCUUCUAUUGCGCUUUCCAAAUAUCCAAUUCUGAAUAGCUCGUUGGACGUUGAGAAGGAGACAGUGAUAUAUAAGGCUGCUCACAACAUCAGUGUGGCCAUAGAUACGCCCCAGGGUUUGGUAGUGCCAAACGUAAAGAAUUGUGAAAGUAAAAGUAUUCUGGACAUUGCUAAGGACUUGAACGAAUUAAUCGAAAGAGGACGUAAGGGUACUUUAACACCUCGAGAUUUUGCGGAGGGCACUUUUUCCCUUUCAAAUAUCGGUGUGGUUGGCGGUACAUACACCCAUCCAUGUAUUAUGGCGCCUCAAGUGGCUAUCGGCGCCAUGGGACGCACAAAGGCCGUACCGAGAUUUGAUGAAAAUGAUGAGAUUGUUAAAGCUUAUGUGAUGAAUGUCAGCUGGUGUGCAGAUCAUCGUAUUAUUGAUGGCGUCACAAUGGCAAAGUUUUCGAAUGUAUGGAAGCAAUAUUUGGAGAAUCCAGCAUUAUUUGUACUUAAUUAAAUACUUAAGGGAAUCUGGACGAUAUCUUAAAAAAAAAAAACAAUUUCAACAAGAAAGGCUGUUUGCUGCAUUUAUUUACAAAUAAUUUAGUCAAAAUGUGUAAUUAAUAAAUAUUAUAUUUGUUUAUUAAUCACCUGCGUUAAGUACCAUAUAAAGUGCAUUUAAGAGUUUUCACUAACUCUAACCUAAAAACCAUAAUCUCUGGGUGUAAAGUGUUUAUAUAAAUUUUUAUAAAUUGACGGUUUAUGUAUAAAGUUAAUUAUUGAUUGUAAUUAAGAUGAAUUAAAUAAAUGUAUAUUUUACUAUGCGCCUAAAA